AUGAGAGACGACCCAGAGAACAGAAAAAAAGAGAAAUCACAAGGAAAAUCCUCUAAGCGAAACAGGAGAAUUGUUCCCAAAUAUAGUGCAAAAGAACUAGGAAAAAAACAGUCAAUGAGAGACGACCCAGAGAACAGAAAAAAAGAGAAAUCACAAGGAAAAUCCUCUAAGCGAAACAGGAGAACUGUUCCCGAAUAUAGUGCAAAAGAACUAGAAAAGAAACAGACAGUAAGGAAAGAUCCUGAAUAUAGUGCAAAAGAACUAGGAAAAAAACAGUCGAUGAGAGACGACCCAGAGAACAGAAAAAAAGAGAAAUCACAAGGAAAAUUCUCUAAGCGAAACAGGAGAACUGUUCCCGAAUAUAGUGCAAAAGAACUAGAAAAGAAACAGACAGUUAGGAAAGAUCCUGAAUAUAGUGCAAAAGAACUAGGAAAAAAACAAUCAAUGAGAGACGACCCAGAGAACAGAAAAAAAGAGAAAUCACAAGGAAAAUCCUCUAAGCGAAACAGGAGAACUGUUCCCCAAUAUAGUGCAAAAGAACUAGAAAAGAAGCAGACUGUAAGGAAACAUCCUGAAUAUAGUGCAAAAGAACUCAAUAGAAAGCAGACAAAAAGAGAUGAUACAGAUUUCAGAAACAAAGAAAAAGAACAAGGUAUUGCUUCAAAACGAAGAAGAAGAUGUAGUCCAAAAUACCAAGCUCAUGAAAAGAAAAUUUGUUCUGCUACCAAAUGGAAAUAA